AUGGCAUUCGCCCGCGCUCUUGGUGUGAUUCAAUCUGUCGGUCGAGGUACGGGCAUCACUGGUGAGCAGAGUGAACUCUACGAUCGUGGCCAAACAUUCAGUAUCAACGGUAACAGUUAUCGAGUGGAAAAUGUAAUUGCCAAAGGAGGAUUUGGAACUGUAUUCUUGGCGUCCAACAACAAAGGAAAGCAAGUAGCAGUUAAAAUUAUGCUCAGUCAUGAUGCAGCGGCAACCAAGGAUAUUGAUAAUGAAAUUGAAAUGAUGAAGAAGCUACAACAUGAAAACAUCAUUCAACUAUUCGACGCGUCCAGUGAAGCUAGAAACUCCAAUAAAUCCGUGAAAGAGUACAAAAUUUCAAUGGAAUACUGUAGAUUCUCAAUAGCCGAUGUCCUUUUGAAGUACAAAGAGGUAGCCGUCGACUUUGUCGUACGCAUAAUUUACUUUACGACACGAGCAUUGGUCUACUUGCACUCUAAUGGAGUCAUCCAUCGGGAUAUAAAGGCUGAGAAUCUGCUCAUCAACGGAAAUGGAAAGCUCAAAUUGUGUGAUUUUGGAAGUGCAACAACGAAGUCCAUCGAGAUGGCACCCCUUUCGAAUUCGCAGAGAUUAGCUAUUCAAGAAGAGAUGUUCAAGUACACAACACCCAUUACCAGAUCUCCGGAAGUGUGUGACGUGUAUUCAAACUGGCCGAUUGGAAAGCAACAAGACAAUUGGGCCAUGGGAUGUUUGAUAUAUUUUGUAUGUUUUGGAGAGCAUCCAUUUGACGGAUCAGCCCUUGCAAUUAUCAAUGGAAAAUACAAGAAGCCACCUCCAGUUCAACAAAAUCAAUUGUCAGCGUUCGCCGAAUUGAUCACAAAAUGCCUCAUUCCAAAUCCAGAUGAGCGAAUCACCGCAGAGAAAAUUGAGGAAUAUAUGAAAAAUGCAAUGCAGAAAAACCCCAAGCUAGCAGCAAAAACUGAUUUCUCGGAUAUCCUAGAUAUGAUGAAUGUGCAAUCAGUCCAAUCAGAGCAGUCAAUCGAGUCUCAAGCCUCAAAGGGAUUCUUCACUAUGCAGGACAAACUCUUUUCCAACUUGACCUCCCUCAAAAACAGUGUCGUGCAGCAAACAACAAAGAUGGGAUGGGGUGUAGAGUCAACACCGCCACCAGUUCGCGCUGGCCAUCCAUCGACGUCUCCAAAGAUGGUACCGAAAUCUCAAAGGCAGCAGCAACAACAGCAAAGAGAACAACCAAGACCCUCUCCAGCAGUUACAACUCCACGAGCACCAGCAGUGCAAUCCCACGCGCCUCCAUCUUCCACUUUUGAAGCUGAUUGGCCUACGGACAACGGAUCAUCGUCUGCUGGAAAUGAGUGGGGUGAUUUCAACUCAGCACCUGUAGCAUCUUCUCCUCCAGUUUCAAACAAAAAAUACUUAUUUGACCCAUUUGGAGAACAAGCAUCUCACAAUUUAUCAGCGAAGCAUAGUGAUGAUUUGUUGUCUUUGCAAAAUUGGCCAGGAGCAACGGAACACAAAACUGAAGUCCGCUCCCAAUCUUCACGAGACCUAUUCGAUUUUGACGAUUUGAUGCACAGGCACACCACACCUUCAACAACAUCAUCUCAAUCUGUUUUACAACCAACACGUCAAAUGGAGAAUAAGAACUUGACCAACGUGGAUUCAUCAAAAAAUGGAAUUAACUCGUCAUCGUCAUCUGCGAGUCUAGAUGAUAUGGUCAGCGAUAUGUUGAAGAUGUCCACCAAGAAAUAA